UCUUUUCCGUGAGACUGGCAUUAUCGUUAAGUUUAUUAGUUAUUGAGGCUCAUGGCUACCAUGAAUAUGAACGAGUUAGACUUCUUGGAGUUGGAUGAAGUUGCUUCUGAAAAGAGUGGAGGACGAAUUCUUUUUGCCACUGAUGAUUGGUUUGCUGCGGCUGAGAAUCUUUUGAAGGAUAGUGAACCAGAGUGGAAAGAAAACGUAUUCACGGAAUUUGGUAAAUGGAUGGACGGAUGGGAAACACGAAGAAAACGAUGUGCAGGUCAUGACUGGGCCAUAAUAGCGCUUCACCAGCCCUCAAUCAUCCGAGGAUUUUGCGUAGACACCGCGUAUUUCACUGGAAAUUACGCACCCAGAAUCUCUAUCCAAGCAGCACUACUCAAUGAUAAUGAUGUCAAAUUAUUUCCCAAACGAUGCCGAGAAGUGGGAAGUGCUGCUACUGUCCAAGAAUCCCAAGCAGUUUCACGUUUGAAGAGUGAGAAUUGGAAGACAAUAGUACCAAUGACGGAACUAGGUUCCGGAUGCCCCGAGACACGUCACAACUACAUUGCGUCUUCCUCAACAUUUGCUUGGACCCACCUCCGACUGAAUCUUUUCCCCGACGGUGGAGUCGCAAGGUUGAGAGUGUACGGCACCGUCUGUUCAAAUCCACUCAAUCCCGACGCUUUAACCGACCUGGUGGCCCAAGAAAAUGGAGGAAUCUGUGAGCACUACAGCAAUGCUCACUAUGGUCACCCGAGGAACAUAAUUAGACCUGGAAGAGGGAUAACCAUGGCUGAUGGUUGGGAGACUGCGAGGCGACUUGAUAGACCGCCGAUUAUCGAAGUCGAUAACUCCGGAAUUCUGCAGGUUCCUGGAAAUGAGUGGGCUGUGUUCAAACUCGCGCAUAUUGGUAUCAUAGACUCAAUCAUUAUCGACACGACACACUUCAAGGGCAAUUUUCCGGAUAAUACCAAGGUCGAGGGCAUUCUCAUUAAUUCUGAUGAUGACAAGAAUAAUGACAGAUGGAAAACAAUUCUCUCCACAAAAAAGUUAUCGGCUCACAAGCCUCACGUCUACGCCUCUGAGGACUUGGAUUGGCACGGCCCAGUGAGCCAUGUGCGAUUAACAAUCGCCCCGGAUGGUGGAAUUUCAAG